AUGGCUGACGGCAAGGCCCCCGUGGUCGCGGAGGCCCAUGAGGUCGACACCUUCCAUCCCCCGCAGAAGAUGCUGGACAAGCACCCUAGCAAGCCUCACAUCUCGGGCAUGGACGAGUACCAGCAGCUGUACAAGGAGUCCAUCACAGAGCCCGACAAGUUCUGGGGCCGAAUGGCCAGAGACCUCUUGACCUGGCAACGGGACUUCCAGACGGUACACACUGGCUCCCUCGCCGAGGGCGACAAUGCCUGGUUUCUUGAGGGUCAGCUCAACGCGUCCUUCAACUGUGUUGACCGCCACGCCAUCAAGGACCCCAACAAGGUUGCCAUCAUCUACGAGGCCGACGAGCCCGAGGAUGGCCGCAACCUGACCUACGGCGAGCUUCUGCGCGAGGUGAGCAGAACGGCUUGGACCCUGAAGCAGAUGGGUGUCCAGAAGGGCGACACCGUAGCCAUCUAUCUUCCUAUGAUCCCCGAGGCCAUCAUUGCCCUGCUAGCAGUAGUCCGUAUCGGUGCGGUCCACUCAGUUGUCUUUGCCGGCUUCUCGGCAGAUUCGCUCCGUGACCGAAUCAUCGAUGCCCGAUCCAAGGUUGUCAUCACGACGGACGAGGGCAAGCGCGGAGGCAAGUUGAUCGGCACCAAGAAGAUUGUCGACGAGGCUCUUAAGCAGUGCCCCGACGUCUCGCAUUGUCUGGUCUACAAGCGCACAGGUAGUGAAUGUCCUUGGACCGAAGGCCGAGACUACUGGUGGCACGAGGAGGUCGAGAAGUGGCCGUCUUACAUCGCCCCCGAGCCCAUGAACUCCGAGGACCCCCUCUUCCUCCUCUACACCUCUGGCUCAACUGGCAAGCCCAAAGGUGUUCUACACACGACGGCUGGCUAUCUUCUCGGUGCUGCCAUGACUGGCAAAUAUGUCUUCGACAUCCACGACACCGACCGGUACUUCUGUGGUGGCGAUGUUGGCUGGAUCACAGGACACACUUACGUCGUCUACGCACCGCUCCUCCUCGGUGUCUCGACUGUAGUCUUCGAGGGUACACCGGCGUAUCCCAACUUUUCCCGUUACUGGGAGAUCAUCGAGAAGCACAAGAUCACGCAGUUCUACGUGGCCCCCACAGCCCUGAGAUUGCUGAAGCGGGCCGGCGAUGACUUUGUCAAGGCGAAGAUGCCUGACUUGAGAGUCUUGGGCUCUGUGGGUGAGCCUAUCGCCGCUGAAGUUUGGAAGUGGUACUUCGAGGUUGUUGGCAGAGAGGAGGCACACAUUGUCGACACAUACUGGCAAACCGAGACGGGUUCCAACGUGAUCACACCUCUCGCUGGUGUGACUCCCACCAAACCCGGUAGCGCAUCUCUACCGUUCUUCGGUAUCGAGCCUGCCAUCAUCGACCCUGUCUCUGGCGACGAGAUCCACGGCAACGAUGUUGAGGGAGUACUGGCCUUCAAGCAAGCGUGGCCGAGCAUGGCACGAACCGUCUACGGCGCGCACAAGAGAUACAUGGAUACUUACCUGAAUGUCUACAAGGGCUACUACUUUACUGGAGAUGGAGCCGGUCGCGACCACGAAGGCUUCUACUGGAUUCGGGGACGUGUGGACGACGUGGUGAACGUCAGCGGUCACCGUCUGUCCACCGCUGAGAUCGAAGCUGCCUUGAUUGAGCACCACUCGAUCGCCGAGGCGGCAGUCGUCGGUGUGGCUGACGAACUCACUGGCCAGGCUGUCAAUGCUUUUGUUGCGAUCAAGGACGGCACCGAGGCGACAGAUGCCCUGCGUAAGGAGUUCGUCCUCCAGGUGCGCAAGAGUAUUGGUCCCUUUGCCGCUCCCAAGGCCGUCUUCAUCGUUCCCGAUCUGCCCAAGACCCGAAGCGGCAAGAUCAUGCGUCGGAUCUUGAGAAAGAUCUUGGCUGGAGAGACUGACUCACUUGGCGAUACAUCGACGCUCUCGGACCCCAAUGUGGUCGAUAAAAUUAUCGCGACUGUUGGGGAGUCGCGCAAGAAGUAG